AUGACGCACACACGCGCCGAACAACUGUUCAAACUCCAAGCGGUCGAUGUGGCAGCGAACCACAUACAACCCGCUUCGUCACGCGGCCAGCCGGACAGUGUUCAGACCAUCCAAUCCUCACAUCGGCUCGACAUCCUCUAUGCUUGGCUGACAGGUUCCGAUCCUUGCCCUGCCACCUCAGCCGGCUCGCACCAUGCCCAAGCGGACUACUCGCUGCUCUCCGGAACCAUCAUGGAUCUCGGGUGCGGUCAGGGCGAUCAGACCGGUGCACUGGGCGCUCUCAUCGCCGCACACCCUGGAAUCUUAAAGGAAGGCAAAGUCAUCGGUGUCGAUCCGGCGCAAGGGGACUACGGGUCGCCGUACACGCUUCGGCAAGCACAGGAUGAGUUGGCGCAGAACAGCCAACUGGCGCGGCAUGUUUCUUUCGCGUUGGGCAAGACGGGCCCGCAAGUGCUCGAGACUCAGACAUUCGAUACCGUGGUUCUUGCGCACAGCUUGUGGUACUUUCCAUCCGCUCAGGUGCUUAAUCAGACGUUUGCAGCCAUCAAACAGGCCGGAGUGAAACAUCUUUUACUGGCAGAAUGGGCCAUGGCCGCUUCCCACCCGGACGCGCUCCCCCAUCUGCUAGCUGCUCUGCUCCAAGGUCAGUCGCCGGUCCAAGGUGCGAAUAUACAGACACCUCUCAGCCCUGAACAAGUGAAAGGCAUCGCAGUCCAAGCAGGGUGGAUGGUCAAACGCGAACUCACUUUCUCGCCCUCUGAGCGACUCCAGGAUGGCGACUGGGAGAUCGAAAUGGCUCGAGAAGCCGCUGAUGCCGCUGCCAAGUUCGAUGCGAGCGGCGACAAGACAGCGCUCAGGCUGAAACAAUCGGUGCAGGCUACUAGGUACGCUCUGGAGGAAGCGGUCAAGCGAAUCGGCAGACAGGAAAGAUCGAUGGACGUCUGGACGGCCGUGCUCACUGCAGCCUGA